AUGCCUCCUCUGUUGUCUGCCGUGAUUGAACUGCCGCUGUUCAACUCGGCAUCGCCAUGGGCAACCACAGAGGCGCAGCUGAGGGAACUGCUCGAAUGCCCUGCGACCGGCGCAGUCACUGUCCGGACAAGCUUGAUGCAGGGAUUUGACCAUCGACCAGGAGACCAUCGUUUUACCUUCUUCACUGCGGGCUCUGGGGAAGUUGCGAGAGCGGGGACACAAUCUUACCCCGACGACACCGAUAAGAGUGCGACGGACGACGACGCUGACUGCAUCAUCGACCACGAUGAUGCGCCGUGCGACUCCACGCUCAACAACCUGGGGUACAGCCCAUAUACCCUGCCCGAGUACCUCGAGAUACUGCAGAAGCUGUCGAAUACCUCCGACACUCACAAGUGCUUUAUCCUGUCAGUCACAGGCACCGCCGCAGACGUGAGACAAUGCUACGAGGCCAUCGUGGAUGCUAAAGAGCGCAUCCGUUUCCCGCUUGCAAUGGAGGUCAACCUGAGCUGUCCCAACAUCCCCAAUUCGCCCCCAGUGGCGUACACCAAAAGUGCUCUUUCUCAGUACAUCCGUGCGUUGCCAGAAAACCCAGAGAUACCUGUCGGAAUCAAGAUGCCCCCAUACACUCACGCCGGGCAGUACGAUUCCUUGAAGGAGGCGUUGCUUGAGUCUGGCGCUGCCUCCCGUUUGAGCUUCGUCACUGCGGUCAAUACACUGGGAUCCUGCCUGAUACUGGAAUCAACGAACACCUUUGAAAGCGCACGGUGGAAGGACACCCUGCCUGGGGGAGGGUUCGGUGGCAUGGCGGGGGCAGCCCUGCAUCCUCUUGCUUUGGGGAACGUCCGCAUGCUUCGAAAUCUACUCGAUUCAGAAGAGUCUCUGUCGAAGAUUGAGGUCAUCGGCGUGGGGGGUGUGGGUGACACUUUUGGAUAUGGAAGGAUGCGUGCUGCUGGGGCCACGUUCGUUGCUCUAGCCAGCGCUUUGGGUGCGAAGGGGAUUCGUGUCUUUUAUGAAAUCGUCUGA